UAUACCAACCCCCUCUCCACAGCCCCCACUGCCAGCACCACCCGGCCAUCCAAACCCCCGAGUGCGCGUGCCCGUCCUUCCCAGCCCUCCCUUUUCUCUUCCUCCCACCCUUCCCCACCAAGUCGGAGCCAUCCCACGCGCGCGCGCGCGCGCGCGCGGUCCCCGGCUGUCUGGAGUCAGUUGCUCCGGCGUCCGCGCGCGCUGGUCUGUCUCUGACCCUGCCACUGCCGCCGCGGGGGCCGCCGGGGCCUCGUCCUGUCGCCGCCAGCAGAGCGCGAGCGCCGGAAUCCAGGCGCGCGGCUCCCCUGCUCCGGCUUGGCCAGAACACACCCAGUAUGUGUGAGCAGUUCUGUAGAGUCUCCAGGAAUGCUGACUAUUUACCAAGCCAGAGAAAUGCACCUUUGACUGUAAGACUGUUAAAUUCCUGGACUAGCUAUCUUCCCUGAAGGACUUCAAAUGGAUCUUUACAAGUUAUCUACAGUGAUAGACUAAGAAUGACCUACCAAGGACUGAAUCAUAACCACAGGUGCUGUGACAAAAAACACUUUAAAGAUGCAUAGAAGUCUGAUUAAAGUGAAGAGGAAGAACUGGAUAAAAUAAUGAGAGUCUUGCAGUUAUGGUAUACAUUAUUUCCUGGUUCAACUUAUUUCACACUGCAUCGGCUCAUGUUUAACAGGAAAAAUGUACACUCUUCAUCCAAUUAAAAAUCAGCUCUUGGAGAAUACUUCUUUGAACCUCAUGGAUUAGCUGGAAUUUGGACUGUGAAGCCCUUGCUUAGAAGAGUUUUCAAUUUUUGAUCACUUGAACAGACUCUAGCAAUGGCCAGCAAACGGAAAUCCACCACCCCUUGCAUGAUACCAGUAAAAACUGUAGUUUUACAGGAAACAGAGGCAGACCCUGUUGAAGGUUUUAAUGAAGGAACUCAGCAAGAGUUACCUCCUGAAACACCUACUGUUAAUGAUACAGUUAACAACAACAACAAUAACAAUGGAACACUAUCUAAUGGGCAUCGAAGUACUUUUGAUGGUGAUUCUUACGUAUGUAAAUAUUGUGAUUUUGGGUCUCAAGACAUGAAUCAAUUUAUGGGGCAUAUGAACUCAGAACACACAGACUUUAAUAAAGACCCCUCUUUUGUUUGUAUUGAAUGCAGUUUUAUGGCAAAAACCUCUGAAGGGCUUUCACUCCACAAUGCCAAAUGUCAUCCUGGUGAAAUCACCUUCAUUUGGAAUGUGGCCAAACAGGACAAUCAUAUAACUAUAGAGCAAAUCAUCUCUGAUAACACCAGCAGUCAUGACCUUUCAGGGGAGUCCUAUGAAGAAGGGAUAGAUGGGCAAGCUGAAAUUAUCAUUACUAAAACUCCAAUUAUGAAGAUAAUGAAAGGGAAAGCUGAAGCCAAAAAAAUUCACACGUUGAAGGAAAACUUGCCGAAUCCAUCUGUUGGAGAGAAUUUACUAAGUCAGCCAACUGGGGAGAACUUAGUCAGUCAGUCAGCUGGUGAAACUGAGAUGAAAGAGAGUGACCAUUCUUUCACCAAUGGAUCUGUCCCAGUCAGCCAAGCAACCAGCAACCCUGUGAAAGCUUCACAUGUUGCCAAUGGCCCACUAAUUGGGACUGUGCCUGUUUUGCCUGCUGGCAUUGCUCAAUUUUUAUCUAUUCAACAGCAACCCCAAGUGCAUCCACAACACCAUCACCACCAGCCACUUCCCACAUCCAAGUCACUUCCUAAAGUGAUGAUUCCACUGAGCAGCAUUCCAACAUAUAAUGCAGCCAUGGACUCAAAUAGCUUCCUGAAAAACUCUUUCCAUAAGUUCCCUUACCCAACCAAAGCUGAGCUUUGCUACUUGACUGUUGUGACCAAGUACCCUGAAGAACAACUAAAAAUUUGGUUUACUGCCCAAAGAUUGAAGCAAGGUAUCAGUUGGUCCCCUGAGGAGAUAGAAGAUGCACGGAAAAAGAUGUUUAACACAGUUAUCCAGUCAGUACCUCAGCCUACAAUCACAGUUUUAAAUACACCUUUGGUUGCCAAUGCUGGCAAUGUCCAACAUCUCAUCCAGGCUGCCUUACCUGGUCAUGUUGUUACAGGGCAACCAGAAGGUACAGGCGGAUUGCUGGUUACUCAGCCAAUAAUGGCCAAUGGGCUACAGGGAACAAGUUCCUCUCUCACCUUAGCAGUUACCUCUGUUCCCAAGCAGCCAGCUGUUGCACCGCAUAACACUGUUUGCUCAAAUACUGCAUCCACCGUAAAGGUGGUAAAUGCUGCUCAGUCUCUGCUCACUGCAUGCCCAACUAUAACAUCCCAAGCUUUCAUAGAUAAUAGCAUCUACAAAAAUAAAAAAUCUCAUGAACAGCUAUCAGCUCUGAAAGGUAGCUUUUGUAGGAAUCAGUUCCCUGGACAAGGUGAAGUAGAGCACUUGACCAAAAUUACAGGCCUUACUACAAGGGAGGUUCGAAAAUGGUUCAGUGAUAGAAGAUACCAUUGCAGAAAUUUGAAAGGUACUCGAGGCAUGUUACCUGGAGAUAAUAGCUCUAUGAUUAUGGAUGCCACACCUGAUGUUACUUUUACUCUGUCACCCAAAGCACCUGACCUAGCCUGUGUAACAACAGCAACAACACCAGGGGUUCAUCACUCAGCCAAACGGCAAUCCUGGCAUCAGACACCAGAUUUCACCCCAACAAAAUAUAAGGAGAGAGCUCCAGAACAGCUCAGAGCCUUGGAGAGCAGUUUUGCACAAAAUCCUCUUCCCCUUGAGGAAGAAGUAGACCGACUGAGAAGUGAAACCAAAAUGACAAGAAGAGAAAUUGAUAGCUGGUUUUCAGAGCGACGAAAAAAAAAGUCUGCGGAAGAGAACAAAAAAUCAGAAGAAGCAGCUUCUCAAGAGGAGGAAGAGGCUGAAGAAGAUUGUGGUGAAGAGGAUCCUGCUGAUGAGUGGAAGGUUUCAAAUGAGAACGGCUCUUCAGAGGCUCUAGGUGGUGACCGUCCUCGAGUGGAACGGAAGGUUAGUCCCAUCAAAAUCAAUCUCAAGAAUCUGCGAGUAACAGAGGCAAAUGGCAGAAAUGAAUCACUAGGACUGAGUGCCAAUGACCAUGAGGAAGAGCAGGGUUUGAGCAAAUCCCUGGAACAACUGAAGAACAAAGUGAAUUAUAAAAAGACUGCCCAGCAAAGGCAUUUGCUCAGGCAGCUGUUUGUCCAAACCCAGUGGCCAACAAAUCAGGAAUAUGAUGGUCUCGUCUCCCAAUCUGGCCUGCCCAGGGCCGAGGUCGUUCGCUGGUUUGGAGACAGCAGAUAUGCACUUAAAAAUGGACAGUUGAAGUGGUAUGAGGACUAUCAGCAUGGUAAUUUUCCCCCAGGUCUAUUGGCCAUCAGUCCAAGCAAUAGAGAGCUUCUUCAGGAUUAUUAUAAAACACACAAGACACUAUAUGAAGAUGAUCUUCAGAGCCUGUGUGACAAAACUCAGAUGAGCUCACAACAGGUUAAGCUGUGGUUUGCUGAAAAAAUGGGUGAGGAAACCCGAGCUGUAUCUGACACUUGCAGUGAGGACCAGGAUUCUAGCACUGGGGAACUAGCAGGAAAUCACAAAGGUACAUGUGAUGCCUACUCAGAAGUGUCUGAGAACAGUGAGUCCUGGGAGCCCAGCGGCCAGGAGAUCAGUUCAGAGCCUUUUGACACACUGAGCCCUCAGGCUGGAAUCCAGCUAGAAGCAGAUUGAACUUAAACCGACUGCUAUGAAGGAUCUGCCAAAUGUGGGAAGAUGUCAAAUCGAAUGGGCCGGAUCUGAACCUCUGCUGCAGGGGCCAGUUACAGUGCCUGCUGCUGUGAGACUUUUAGCCAAGCACACUGGGGAGAGGCUGUUGGGGAACUCACUGGUCAGCCCAGAGCUCUUCACAGCCAAUUUAGGAUAUGCUAAGCUGGGGAGAGCAGGGUUCGUGUCAGAUUCUUCCUCCUGCAAUAUAGGACCUCUUCUUUGCCUUCCAGUGGAUACAAUAUUCAGAUUUCUUAUUCAUGUACAACAGAACCAACUUUUUAACAUAUACAUCCGCCUAUACACAUUUAAUAAAACAUCAGAUUAUAAACAUGUUCAUUACAUAGAAACUUCUGAUUAGCAAAGCAGUGCAUUUCCUUUUUCUCUCUCUGUUUAGUGUCUGUUCUCUGAAGGUUGAUAUCACUACAUAUACUCCUCUUAAAGUUUUUUAUCAGGCUGCAGUGCAUUGAAUCUAGAGAGCAAGUCAUCAGUACACUUACGACUUUAUCUGGAAUCCUUUCUAUGGACCCCUUUCUGAAAAUAAUUCUGCUUUGUUAAGCAGUCUCUGACCAGCAAGGGUAUAAGCAACACUUUUCUUGUCUAAAGUGACAGUUGAAUAAUAGCCAUUUUUCCCCAGGUUAAAAAAACAAACAACUUUUUGGCUACUUGGUUAGUUUCCUUUUCAUGAAAAAUUCUAGAUCAGUUAUCAACUAUUUUUCCAUUAUUGGGUUAAAUGAAGAAUUUGUUGAUCUUGAGCCUGGUAUAUGUAUUCAAAUGCCUACUUCUUAAAGCCAGAAAUGUUCCAGUAUUAGAUAAAAAGAGAUAAAAUCCGUUUAAAAAAAAAAAAAAAGGAAAGGAAAGGAAAGGAAAAAAAAAAAAAGCACAAAGCCACUAUGUUCAGUACCUUUCACCUGAGGAUUUCAAAGCACUUUAUAAAUGUUGAUCUCUAAAUCCUCAUACAAACGGGAAGGAUAAGAUGUGGCAAACAUAAUUACCACUUUACCAGUAAGGAAGCUGAGAAUGAGAUUAAUUGACUUAGUUAUUUGAGAUGGGAAUAGCCCUCAAUUUAAAGUCAGUGGUAUAAGGCUUCCCCAAAAAAUGGCAAAGCUUUUUUAGUCCUCUCUCCCAGUAAAUGCACAAGAUUUAAAGAUUAAGGAUGAAAAUCAUUAAGUAUUUAUUAAUUUUGAAAACGUUCCCCUCAAUUUGUAACCAAAUGUGGUUUAUUUAACUUUAAUCUCUAACUUGUCAUUUUUGCUUACCUGGAAAAGUUGGUAUUUUUGGAAAAUCAGGUAAAAUGAUACCUUUUGAAAUAUGAAAUAAUUGUCUGAAUGUACCGUCCACUUUACAAAGAUCCUCUCAUAUAAGUAUCAACUUCGAUGGAAUAAAUGGCAAGACUUGUGAUCUCAUUUCUCAUAUAUCUCCCAGUACAAGAAUCUUAGACAAUUUUCAAGACUAACCUGUCCAUGCUGAUUAGGGGUAACUGAGCAAUGUACACAGUUAUUUCCAGAGAAUCUCAUAGAAUGUCAGAAUUAGAAGGCACCUCAGAAAUCAUUUAGUUCCCUUAUUUUCCAGAUAAGGAAAUUGAAGCCCCAAGAGUUUAAUUUGUCAAAAGUCACACAGCUAGCACAAUGGGUCCUUGAGUCAAAUUCUCUGAUGCCAAGUCUAGCGGUCACUACUGCAGUCACUGUUCCAUUUCCUUUGUCUUGACUUCAGAUAGGCAAUGAUUGCUAGCUCUUUAGGGUAGAGUUAGGGAGAGCAGGUGACAGGGCUCAAGGGUAUAGAUUAAACUGGGACACAGAAAUUCCUGAAAGAUUAAUGUCUUGGCCCUAUGAUGUGUGCUCAACUGAAGACAAGCAAGUAGAAGUUUAAAGAAAAUUAUGUUGGAAAUUGGGUGGUAUAAACUGUGGCUAACUAGCAGAAAUCAAGCAUUCCCUCCCCUCAACCCUCACUAUCCCAAGUAAGUACUUUGAGGGCACACAUAGCAAGCCACAUGGUUGAAUUCGCCUAUAGUGGAUAAAGGUGCCUUUUCUGGGGGUAUGGGACAUUGUAUUCUGUGGUCUGAGAGAACCCUUUCUUUUGAAAUCAAGGCCUUCAUACUGUUUCUUCCAGAGCCUAACCCCUCUAGUUGAGAAAAUGGCCUGGGAAUUUUACCAAGACUUGCAUUCUGUCAUUAUACACUCCAUGUUGGACAUGAUAUUGGUUGAUUGUGUUGGCUACUAUGUCAAAAGCAUGAAUUUGUAAGUGAUAGCUUCCUCCAGAGAACAAAUACAUGAUUUUUCCCCUCUAGUGUUUAUAUACAGGCAGGUUAAUUUAUAUAUGCACAUUUACAGUACAAAUACUUAUUUGCUAUUACCUUGUAAAAUGUACAUGAUAUGUGCAUUUUAGUAAGUGAAUACCAUAGAUAUUAAGGAAAAAACAGCUCAUGCAUUGGAAAUGAAUGUCUUGGUAUUUAUUUGUACACUGAACAUGACUGGGGGAGAAGCAAAGAGAAGGCCAAUCUCAAAGUAUCCUACUCGAGAAUCACACUUCCAAAGUGACAGCUCUUGAAACACAAUCACUCCCAUAGUUUCUUCAUGUAUUAACUACAGAGUUUUACUGGAGAAUGUUUUCUUGGUUCUUUUACUAGAGGUCAUAUUAAAUGUAUAAUCCAAACACUGUAAUGGAAAAAAAAAGCAAUAGAAAAUUACAGUGUUGGAGCAUAUUCAGGCAGAGUUCACAGAAUAAACUGUGGACGUGAAAAUUGGCCACUAUACAUAAUGUAGGUCCACUUGCAGAAACAGCAGUUUAGUGGAAGACAGGAUCUUUCUAAUAUUGUGAACUUUUUUCAUAUACAUUAGCCCUCUCAAAUGGCUAUGACCUAAUGGUUGCAUGCUCAGCACUGAGAACCAGGGAGGAAGACUGAAAGGGAAAUUCCAGGGAUGCAGAAAAGACCCACGUUCUUCUCAUGUCCUUGUAUCUGAGUAUAUUUAAAUAUAAUUUGAUAUUUGUUCUUGCAGAGAAUUUUACAGAAGCAAGUAAUGAAGGAAGUAGUUUGAGCUCAGAUCCAUGUAUUUAAAAUGGAAUAAAAUAAAAAUAUUAAAUGUGUGGAUGUCAGGCCCAGUGCUUUGGGUGCAAACCUCAGGAGAAACCAAAACCAAGUAGAAAAAUUGGAAGAAAAAAAAAGUGAACAUCUGGGUUUAAUGGUCCUGCCAGCAACCAUUGUGAUAUUCUAGGGCACAUUGCCACAAUUUUGUACGUAGCCAAAGUGUUGUGUUGCCUUCUAAGACAGUCUUUUGAAUUGGGAGUAGGAGGAGAACUGGGAGUUGAGUUGGUCGGUAUUGAGGAAAAAAGAAUGUUUUAUAAAUUGACUAACUUUUCACUUCCUCUUCCCAGUAUGCACUUGGACUUUGGAGAGUAGUAAGACUAUGUACAUUUAUGUUUAUUACCUUUUUUAAAUGUUUAAUUUUUUUAUAUGAAGAUGUAGAUCCAAUUUUUAUAGAUGAAAUCAGAUCUGUUAUGUUGAAGGAAAUAUGGAAUAAUGUGGUAUGCUUUUCAUAUUUUUGAUUACUUGUUUGAAGUUUUGAUUGUAGAAAAGAUCUGUGCUUUAAGAGUUCUCAUUUUUAAAUAGGUUUUUUAAAAAUAGAUUACUGAAGUCUGAUCUCUUAGCACUUUGACUUUUUUUGUUAGUUGAAUGCACUAAUAGGUAGACUGCUUCUUUGAGUGCUGCCUCAUUUCUAAUACUUGAUCCCCUAAUUCAUAUACUUAGGCUCUGGUCCUGAUUUAUUCGUGAUCUUUAUUAUUUGCACUGUUUGCUGAGGACAAAAGUUAGCUUAUGGUAUUAGAGGGGAUCUUUCCUUGGUUUCAAGCAUGUAGGCAGUUAUUCCUACUCCCCUCUUGCCUGGGAUUCUGUCAUAGAAAUUCAGCACAUUUCUCCAGGCUGGCAUCCUGGCAAGUGGUAGGCUCACUCAUCGAGUGAGCAGAUGGUUGCUAGCAUUCCUCCUCCACUCUCCUCCAGCUUCUUAGACAUGGCUCCUAUUAGCUUUCUCCUCUGGGUGUCAGAAUAUAACCUUUUGUUAUGUAUGUGAAUAUCCUCCUUUCCUCACACAUGUCCGGGACCCUAUCGGCUAUCAUCUUUCUUCCCUCUUAAUGGACCAAGAGUUUGGUUGGGGUUAGCAGACAGUAUUUUAUUGUCAACUCAGGCAGUCAAUCCCCAAGGAAUAGAAAAGAACUUAAAGAAUGUUUUUAUAAAGUGCUGCAAAACCCUUGACUGUACAAAAGCUGUGUUGUGAGCCAGUUGUGAGACUUCCUUAAUGUAUGCUUAUUGAGUCCAAAUUUUACUGUAUGGUUGUUUUAAGUUCUGCCUGUACCAUACAGAGCCUAGGAUCAUGUCCCUCAAAUGGAUGUGUGUACUGCAAAUGGCUAAUUAGAUUUCUGUAAUGCACUUGUCAUGCCAGCUUAUGAUUUGCCCAAGCAGAAAUGCAAAUAAUAAUAAGCAUUUACAUGUCAUUCAUAAUAGAAAAGAAAAAAUAGUCCAUCUGGGGAGACUUUCAUUAAACACACUAUUUUUCAAGAAACUGAAGAGAGGUGGUACCAGCCAGACUUUCAUCUCUUUCACUCAAAUAGCCUCCCUUCUACAGACCUCUGUUACUUUUCCAGACUGUGGUAACAAGGAUAACUGGAAGCCCAGCCUCCUUUUUAUUCCUCUUGAAUACAGAGAACCCAUUAGGAGCUUUUUAAAAUUUGAUAAAUGAACACAAACCCAAAUAAAUAAUAUGGAGCAUUUAUAAUAUUCAGAUGUGGCUGAGGACACCUGUCUAUAGAAAGCUUCACUUUACUUUCAGAGAGUACACGUAUUAAUAACCUAGGCCUUGUCUUCCAAAAGCCACUACCACAUUAUACCUAAUAUGCCAUACACCCUGUUUUCUGUAGCCCAUGUGCAAUUUGACACUGCAUCCAGGUUGUGGAACUAUCUUUAAUAAACAGUGGGGAAACCUAAGAUAAUUGGAUACAUCAGGGGAUUUCUUGGUUUAUUUAUGCAGUUAUAUGUAUAGAUAAAGCUCAGUCUUUAAUUGUUAAUCAGUUUCUGUUCAGAUUAUAUCACGUCAUUCUCACUGUCAGGCUAGUCAUGUUAGUGGGAGGCCAAAAAAGAAUCAAGCCCUAACUUUUGUUAGCAUUAACACAACACUUUUAAUUUUUAAAUAUAGGUUAAUGAGCACCUGGCUAGAUUAUUGGUUUGUUAAUUGAAAAGGGGGUCCCAUGCAAUGUGACCAUCCUUAAACCUAGUCUCUUUUAUGUAGGUUAACAUAAUUAUUAGUUUUCUUCUGGGGAUUAGAGUCAUUUUCCCCCCACUUAACAAUUCCACAUUCCCAAUGUCCUGAGUGAGCAAAGUGAAUCGGUAACUGAAUUUGGCUGGCACUUUUCUGUCCUCUUGGCCCAGGUACACACAGCCCCGAUUGCCAAAAAUAAUGACCAAGUAGGAAACUGAGUGUGGUGUGGAAAGGAUACCUGUUGUAAGGACUGACUUGCUGUGGAUUCUUUAUAACAGUACAUUUUUUUGGUAUGAGUGAAAAGACUUGUAGGAAAGGUCAUUUUUUAAAUCCAAGCUUUGUUUGGGCCUGAAUAUUUUAUUUGCCUGGUCAAGGAAGCAAGAUUAGACAUUUGCAUUAAAAUCUUUUAUAAACAUAGCUAUUUGGAAGGCUGCCUGCUUCCCAAUGGCUUUGGUGGGAUCACUCUUCUGGGAGAGGUUCAAGGGCAACCAAAGACAAGAAGUCAGAGGUUUUGUUUAAUUGGUCCUUGUUUGGGUGUAGUUUUCAGAAAAGGAAAAAAUGGGGGGGGGGUGAGAAUCUGUGGAAUAACUUGUUUUGGUUACUGCCUCGAAAGCUUUUUCAUUUAACUCCUCCCCACCCCCUGCCGCCCCCAAAGAGAUGAGUCAGGAAAAUUCAGUGGCAUAACUGGAAUCAACAGGCAGAAAUAUAAGAUAAAAGUGGUUCAAAAUCACUGAAUAUAAAAUGUGGCCUUUUUUUUCUCCAAGUCAGGUCCACAUUCUGAAGUGUUAACUCUACUCACAUGGUGCCUAUUAACUCUAUAAUUUAUAUUCAAAAAAUGCUAUCAUCUCUGCCUCCUGCUCAUAUAACACUAUGCCAUGUUUGCAGUCUGCUGGAAAAUGGAGGCAUAUCCUAUUAUAAACAGUAGAUUAGAACCAAGAAGAGUGUGGUUUUACACCCCAAAUACUUAACCUGAUCAGCCCAACUGUUUUCAGGUGGGAAUUAAAGGGACACAGUUAAUCUUUGGCACAUAGUUCCUGCUUUAUCCAUAGGCAAGAGCUUUGUUCAGUUGUGACGGGAGGAGUGGCCUGUACCAUGACUGUUAUUUUAGAAAAAAAAAGGAAAACAUGCCAGCACUCUCGCUCUUCCCCUGUAGAUUGUUCAUUGAGACUGUUACUAAGCAUAUCCUUUGCAAAAACCAGCAUUUUUGCCAAUGGCUUACAGGUAAUUCCCUGAGAAGAGCCCUGCUUCUCUCUCUUUUCCUACCUACUUGUGUUCUAAUUUGAGGUAAAAGCACUUUGUUCCUUAUAUACUGCAGGAAGAGAUUUUAAGAAAGAUUGUUAAACAUUUUGCCAUCACAAGACUGUUGCUGAGAAAUAGGCUGGAUUCAAAAACAGAACUCACUUCAGUGAAUUCAGCAAUUCAAAAUGGACCUGUCUGUGGUGGUUUAUCUAAAGGUAAAGAACUUGAGCUAGACUGUUGAUUCUGUAAGGGGCCUAUUUCACAUGUAGUAGGAAAUAGGACUUGCUUUAGGAUUCUAGAAGGGGUAGGGGGCAUGGUGGAGAAAGCAGGGGCUGACAGUGGCACAUGUUAAUUUAGCCUUCUGUGUGAAAAUAAACUUUUUUUUUUUAUGGUGGGUAAACAUUUUUUAAGUUUAAAAUCUGCCUUAGAUUAGGGCUGUGGUUAUUGCUACUGCCUGCAGUGGCUCAUGUGAGUGCAAAUUUACCUACAGUUAAUCUCAAGGGCUAGCACUCCUUAUAGAACCACUGCUCCUUCUAAGUACACUGUUGAUUUCCCUAAAUCUUGUAUAUGUGGACUUGAUGUGGGGAGGGAAAAAGAAAUUGUUUGUAUAGUUUGAAAUGGUUCUAAAUGGUACUUCAGACCUUGAUUAUUCCUAAAUAAAAUACAUAAAACCA